AUGUGCGCAUGUGGCGUAUCAAACAGUCAUAAAAAGCAACAUAAAGAAAACGCGUGGGCGUUCUCAAGUUUAUCUCUGAUAGAUCUUAAAUUUGGGUUUAAUGCGACUUGCAACUUGCGUUUUGCGUCUUAUGUAGAUGGGCUUUUACGCAUACAAUAUCUUGAGAUUUAAAAAGUGGAAAUUUCUAUUAUUUAUUAGUAUUUUAUGUACUCUUCUUUUAACGAAAAAUGUAGUUAUACAGAAUCUAUAUCCUUCUGUAACGCAGUUAGCGGAAAUACAUAAAUGUCCAGUGUGUUAUGGAGUGUCUGCCUGUCACGAUAUUCACAAAGUAAUUUUCUCAUGGCACGAUGUCAGUACAAUAUUUCUUCAUUUACUUGGAGUUAAAAAUGUAUUCUUUGGUACAUAUAAUCAAAACAAGGUAGUGUUGAAGAAGCUGGCGCAUUCCUCUGAACUGGAAGCAUUUGACGUUUUCUUCUGUGACAAACUCCACCUAAAAUAUCCUUGCUCAAAUGUCUCUAAGAAGAAAUUAAAUAGACAUGCAGCAAAUUUUGACAAUCUUAUCAAAGAGACUAUUACCUCUGAUUUUUUUAAAGAUGAUUCUAGUCGCUUGAGACUCUGUCCAUCGACGCAACAUAUAGAUGAUCUAUUUCACAAUAUAUAUCUCAAUUAUAAAUACACCGAUUCUACGGAAUAUUUGAUUCAUCUCUGGAUGUUGCUUUCUAUUAAUCCAGAACCGCUAAUCCUCCAGAUAUUAUCUGUUGAAAAUGGUUGGCCUGUACCAAAAUAUUUCGGAGCUUGCGGUCGUAUUAUUAUAGAGGAAUAUGUUGGAUUACCUCUUACAGAUUAUUACAAUAAACCUUGGGUGCAAAGAGCAAGAAUAGCUUCAAGUCUUUUAGGUGCCGCUCACAUGUUUACUUUCAAGAAUCAGAACUUUGGUUUUUACUUAACGGAUGUAUCAGCCGAUAAUAUUGCCGUUGAUCAUGAAGAUGUAGCAAAAUUUAUCGAUUUAGAAAAUAUCAUUAUUGUUGACAAAAAUAUCCCUCCAAAAAAACGAUCAAAAGAUUGGCAUGAAUUGCAAGAAAAUAGACUGCAUCUUGAUUUUCCUAACUACUUUGCAUUCUCUUCCAAGGAUAUUUGUAAUCGUCAUUUAAGUGAUCAUAAUUACUACGCGAUUUGUCAGCUCCUAUUAGGUGUAGGAAAUGAAAACCCAUUUCCUGGUGGAUUUCUUCACGACAUACCUAUUCGAUGGCAAACUAGAAAUGUUGAAUAUCUAUUACAACAGUGCGCUGUUCCUAAUUCAAACGAUUCUAGGAUAAUUUUUGGUCAACGACUCAAGACAUCUUUGGAUACGUUAUUGAGAGAACUAUCUUAACACAAACAUGAAAUUAUAUUAAAAAGAAUAAAUGGAGUUAAAAUUGAA